GCGGCAUGACCGAAUGGAGAUGAAUGCCUCGUGUUUGUUUUCCCCGGAAGUGUAUCGAUGAUACUUUGGCACCUUCAAGCCAGGUUUCGGGUGAACACAUCACACUUGCCUCGGCUGAAGCAAGCGGUGUAGCAGCGUCAAGUUAUAUAAGGGGCUUCCGAGGUCUCUGAAAUUUGUUUGCCUUCAGUGCGCAGGAUUUGGAAACUUUAGUAACGAUCGGAAUCUGGAGAAAAGAUCUCGCGUAAGAGGACUUCAACAGGUCGUGACCCAUUUUCACACUAUAGUACCCUUAUAAGUCACUAUUGUCGUCACGGCAUUUUGUUUCCUCCCUCUCCCUUGUCUUUCGGGCCACGAUCUGUGGUUCGCCUCCGCUGUUGUUGUUCAUGGUCGGCAACGCAUCUGGAUAUGCAUAUACAGGAGUGAAGCCUUAUGCGAGGCCCACUAUUGUCAUCGGUGUGGCAGACAAGGGGCGUGUAGUCGGCUCCACCCUCUCUCCCAUACCCAAGAGGCGGGAUGACGAGGAUGUCUGUUGCCCGCGCCACACUCGUACGAAAUCGAUACGUCCAUUACCCCCAAUACCAAAGCCCACCCCCGGGAUCCGACGCCUUCCAUCCCGGCCUUUACCUCCCUUUCCUCCUGUGCCCUCCAUAACCGUCGUCCCGGCUACUCCCUCGUCUAGCCCUAUUUUUACGCCCAAAACGAAUAACAAAACAGCCGAAACACCUCUUCUUCUAACUCCCGCUUCCCCUGUAUCUCGACCGCCCAAGUUGGUCGUGCUAACAUCUCCUGAUGCCCUAAAGCCGUCCCACCGAGAUUCACAAUGCAUAACACCCCUCACACCCUCCAUUCCCCAAGCUCCGACACCCACAACAGCCCGACGGAAACGGCUGUCGAAACUCCGGCGUCACCUUGGUGAGACGAUCCCAGAAGAGCUCGUGUCCGGAAAUAACCUCCUUCCCCCGAUGUUACGUUCAUCUGAGCUCGACAUCGAAAAAAUCAGCGUGUCCCACUCUGAGUUGUGCUUCGCACAAUCGAUAAAGUCGCUGGGUUCGACGGAUUCGAGUAGUGUGAGUACGAGUGAGGACAGUGAGGGGUUGGACACUCUGGAGGAUGAUGAGGAUGAGGACAUCGAUGUGGUGGUAGCUGGAGAUGUAGACGAAGAUGAGUGGUUCCAAGGGGCUGCUUUCAGGGCUGUACAGCCGCGACGGUAUAGCCGGCGGUGGUAUCUAGAGAAAGGCGGGAAGCGGUGGGAGGAUACUGACUAUACGGAUAUUCUCAGUCGUCUGAGGUCUCUGUAGCCUUUCAAUCGUUGUUGCAUUUUUUUUUUGUUUUGGAUCAGCAAGCUGUAUAUUCUGGGCAUUAUUCAUUCACUCAUACCUAUGUUGUAU